GCUGGGACGCCGGAGAGCUGCAUGAGAUACUCUUCAAUCCUGCCUGGAGUUGAUUACAAGUUAGCUGUCGUGAGCACCAGUCCCCUGAGGAUGCUGGAUUAGCUAAAAAACUGGAGUGUUAGACAUCCGGACGAGCGCCGAUUAAGGGAUUUAUUUUGAAGACAGCUAUUCACUUCACCCAGAGAUUGGGACAAGCGCAACAUGCAGAUUCAUCAUGGGGUUCAGCAAGUGGAUCCAAACUAAAUCCAUCCUUGUAAUUGAAGACAAGCCACCACCCAGAGAUUCCAGAUCUUCACCAUGUCUUUUGUUCUCAGUAACUUGACUACAUUGUGGGGGUUCAGGAGGCUGGGUGACCCCAUAGCAGAGAAGAAUGUCACUCCUGCCACACUGAUGGGAGGAAAGAGGAAUGAGCAGGACAUCAACUCCAUGGCCCCCAACUGCACCUUCUGCUGCUGUAGUGUCCUAAAUCAGACUUUGGUCAUAGUGUUUAUGGCUGGCCUGGCAUUUGCUAUUGUGAUUGGAAAUGUCAUCACGCUCACCGUCUUCCUCCAGACACGUCAGUUCCGUACGCCACAGGGCUACCUCAAAGUGUCAUUGGCCCUGGCAGACAUGAUGGUUGGUGUGCUUGUGGUGCCCUUCUCUGUCUACACUGAGAUUACACUGAUGGUGACCAGCUCUCCACCAUUAUGGUACCAAAGAGGGGAGGACAGCCAGGCAGGUGGCUUCAGCGGACCCUGGCAGCCCUGCAAGCUGAUUGGCCCCAUGUUCGCCGGCUGCACAUUUGUUUCAAUCAACACCAUUUUCCUUAUGACGAUUGAACGCUGUGUGGCUAUCCUUAAGCCGCUCCACAAAGACACAAUGGUGACCCGUCGGCGCACCCUGCUCUUUAUUGCCUUCUCGUGGGCUGGCAGCUUUCUCAUAGCGUUGGCUCCCAUGACCCUGAGUGAUGCAUUUACUGUGGAGUAUAAUAAAUGCAGCCGCAUGUGUAACUAUGCCCCCGUGGCAGGGGGCCGAGGACCUCCACCAACAAAUGGAAAUAUCAUGCUGCUCUUUCCUGUCUUUGACUUCACAUUGUUGGGUGGCACCCUAGUGGUCAACAUCCUCUCUUUUACCAGCAUUAGGAGAUACUCCCAGAAACGCAAGCAGCUGGCAGAAGGGGGAGUGCGGGGUGACAGUGUCGCACAGAGACCUUCUUUUUCCGAUAUCAAGGCGGCCAAAACCAUUGGCAUCCUCACCUUUGCUUUCACUGCCUCCUUCUCUCCAAUUGCAGCCUUUGUAGUGGGUAACGUCAUUGGUUACCAGUGGUGCAACUUCUCUUUCUUUGCCUUCUGGAUUCUGACCUCAAACAGCUGCUGUAAUGUCAUCAUUUACAGUGUGCGCGACCAGCGCUUUCGGAAGGGGGUGACUCGGCUCUUCCGGAAAAGCACCGUCCCAGCCAAGGGUGAAAAGAACUAAGACAUUCGUUAUGGACAUCCGGGGGGUCGGGGGGGCUGUCAUUUGUAAAUGGUGAGCUGCUUAGUGGGCUGGAGCAGAUUUCAAGGAACUUGUAUGUGUGAGCCUGAAAUUGACAAAUACAUUGUGGAAAAGCGAAAAACAAAAUGUGAAGUUGCUGAUGUAUGUUUAACUGUGUGAAAGAAGAUUUUAUAUUAUAUAUAUAUAAACUGCUCAAAAAAAUUAAAGGAACACUUUGAAAACACAUCAGAUC